GUUUUGUCAUCAUUUCAAAAUACAGACUAGAAAACUUGGCGUCUUUCCCGUUAUCACUGUCAAGUCUGCGAUUGCCUUAUUUAUGUGCUUUGACAUGAAAAUGACCCAACGUGUUUUGAUAUUCAGCACCGGUUUCUAAUCGUCGGGUAGCGCCCAACAUACUUAUCAGUCCCAACAACACGGUAGUUGCAUUUUCCACUGGUUAUUAUUUCUAUUGUGCUCUAUUUUAGGUACUUUUCAACAGGUUGGUUGCUACUCUGCGAACAUGUUCAUAUCGAAAAUGAAUUUAGUUUCAUUAAAGCCAAGAAAGCCAUACUAUAAAAAUCAGAGCAUUUCCUACUUUUCAAAAACAUCUGUCAAUCAAAACCGCACUGAUAUCGCUCGGAGGGACGAACAAUAUCCGACUUCAAUCGUGACAGUUUUCGACGGGUUUUCGAUGGAGAUCGUAAACAGUUCUGUAUAUACGCCUAGAUACCGUUAGUAUUUUGAAUGUUACGGAUUUAGGCACGACAAAGUUUAUCAGGUGCUCCGUAUCAAUAAUAUUAUUGCAGCCAUGCACAAACGUCAGACGUGAUCUCAAAUGCUUAUCAAGAUUCUGACGCCUUUUAUUUGCCUGUAACGUGUCCUGUCCAUAUGUUAUAUACCUACAAGGAAAGGGAAUUACGGAUGGACUAGUUUCCUUAAUAAUUAUAUCGAACGACGGAAAGGAAAGGCGAAAUGCUGAUGAAUUGCGGCGGACCACACCGAUUGGAUAACCUAUAUUCUCAUUUUCAGUAUAGGUUCUUAUCAAUAAGAUGGGCGCUCUCGCUAUGUAGAAAGUUGAGUUGGCUAUUCGUCCGACACCGUUUCGUGUACCGUAUAGAAUUAACAUAAUCGCAACUUUUUUUCUCUUAAAUAAAUUCUAUUCCGGAACCUAUUCUCCUUUAUGUAUUGUUUGGUUUAUAUCUCCGUUCCGAAAAACCUGGCGAGUAAGCUACUUUGACAAGCAAACAAGCAACAUUAUGCAUGCGACCUUAUCCCCCGCUUGUUCCUUUACUAUACAUCUGCUAUUAUAAUAAGCCUUGUGAUGGGGACGAGCCAUACAAAUACUUUUGUCCCUUUUGUACGCUCGAAUAGCUUCCUGCUUCUAGUUCCGUCAAAGAAUUAAAAUCAUGACUUGAGAAUUUGGGACAAUGUAAAAUAACAGGAUUGAGCCAAAAGGGAGACAACCAAUUAAAAAAAAAAAAGUGUUGGAACCCGCCAAACCUGAUUGUUAUCAGGGAUGGACUCGAUAUUUUGAGAGUCAUUCUGAUGAUGCACUCAAUUUGUAACAUAUAUUUAACAAAAUGGAAAUUUCCAAUUAAAAAUUGAAUGGAAAAUAACGGAAUAAGUUGUAAACAUGUCAAUCAUUUUACACGCAAUAUUUGCAACCUAGCCUUCUGAAUUUCUGAUUUGCAAUUCUAGCAGUCAACACUUUUAUAGACAAUCGAAAUCGUGAACACGUGAGUCGUGAGGCUCGUGUGUGCUGUGAUCGUCACCGAAUUCCAGUACCAGGAAACAUACUGUAAAAAGGUGAUCCUCAUGUUGAGGAGAAAAUGGUCGACUCACCAUCAGUCAGCAAGCGGCGUUGAUGCUGAUCACAAGUAAAAAUAUUAUACGCUUCUUUUUAUUUGUCAACGCCAAUAAUUUUACAAGCGCAGGCUCACAUCUGUUUUUCGUAUUCGUUAAUUUUGUGGUUACAUCAUGCUGUGCUUAAAAGUCAAUUUUGUUUGUUCGAAUUCGAUGAUGAAAGUUCUAUUGAUUGCCUUUUAUUUUGCGAGACUAGUGGUUACGAAGAAAAGUCCCCAUACUGAAGCAGAAAAUCUUAGUCCUUAUCGACUUCCAGAUGCCAUAUCUCCUGUUAACUAUCAACUGACACUUUUACCAGUUAUUGAAGACAAACCUCGACUGUGUGGCCACGUUUGGAUCAAUGUGACAGUCCAUUCCUCGACCAAUGUAAUUAUUCUUCACGGUCAAAUCCUUCCCGUCGAGACGGUUGUUUAUGCAGACAGUGAACCGACUGAUGACAACGGGGCAUCGAGAUCAGUGGUGGAAAAGUUAUGUUUCUCCGGUAUACUGGCUACCCUCGAACAGUUGAACGACGACCAACCAAAGGCUCGAGACGACAACGAUAUUGCUCAAAGCGUUCAUUUAAAUGAAGACUCUGAACAACUGAUUAUUAUUCUUAAAGAGGAACUGGUGGUUGGUGCCUAUUACAGGAUCGGUAUCCUCUACUUGGCAGAGAUUAAUGACGGUGACAACAUCGGGUUCUUCCGCGUCCAGAAGAAAAAUGAAGACGUCAGCAAUUGCUGUCCGCAAAGAUGGCUAGGGGCCACUCAAUUCGAACCUGCACAUGCUCGUAAAGUAUUCCCUUCCUUUGACGAACCCGCUUUCAAAGCGACUAUUGGACUCACAGUUGGACAUGAUUCUGUGCUAAAAGCCAUUUCCAACAUGCCUUGGAAAUCGUCAAAAUCCUUAGAAACCGUUGACGAUUGGGUUUGGGAUACAUUUGAAACAACUCCGGCGAUGUCAACCUAUUUGCUGGCGUGCGUCCUGUCCGAACUCGAGUACUUGGAAACCAGCUACCUGUCAAUAGACGGCCGAAAUGUUUCUCUCAGACUAUGGACUGAGAAACCGAAAUUCAAUCAACUGGAUCUGGCGUACCGUUUGGUUCCUCAAAUCAUGGAAACGCUAGAAAACUACAUUGGCGUACCCUACUCAUUACCUAAACUGGACAUGGUCUCACUCCCAGGAUACGAUUUAGCCCGAGCCAUGGAAAACUGGGGUUUGAUCGUGCAAAGUGAAUCUACUCUCCUUAAAGAUAGCAAUAAGGAUGACACAAUGGAAAAGGCUAUUUUUGCCAUCACUAUUGUUCACGAACUUGCUCACCAAUGGUUCGGAAACCUCGUCACAUCUAGCUGGUGGUCUGACAUCUGGUUAAAUGAAGGGCUAGCAACGCUUUUUGAGGGGAUCGUCCUAAAUCGGAUAGCCCCUGAACUUGGAGUUGACGUCAUCACCGUCCUCUUUUUUCAACAAGCGUUGUUUCACGAUAACAUGAACAUAUCUGUACCACUGAAUUAUCCAGUUGAACUACUUCCUACCAUCGAACAUAAGUUUGACGGAUUUGCCUACGCAAAAGCGUCGGUGAUUUUCAGAAUGGUUAGAUCGUUUGUUGGAGACGAAGCUUUCCGUAGCGGGCUCAAUCGCUAUUUCAAUAAAUUUCAAUUUAAAGCCGCCAACAGCACCGACUUAUGGAUAAUUCUCACCCAAGAAUCUCGCCGGAUGUCCACAAUUUCCUCUCGCAAACAUCUGACUAGGAUCAUGAAGAAUUGGACUGACCAAUCUGGAUAUCCGUUGAUUCAAGUAGAUCGCAAUCCAGAUGGUACAAUCCAACUUACACAGACACCAUAUUCUGAUUUGAAUAUGCAUUCGUUGGAUAACGUUCCCGAGACUGUUUCUUGGUGGGUCCCUAUCUCAAUGACCAAUGGUGGAGAUCCUAAAUUCUCUCUAAAAGAUAGACUUCCGAUAGUGUGGCUUACUCCCAAGGUGCCAUCGAUGGCCAUUGAAGGUCCCAAUGACAGUAGCACCUGGAUUUUAGUUAACCUUGAAUACAGCGGCUAUUACCGAGUGAAUUAUGAUCGGCUUGGAUGGGAGCUUCUGUCUGAACAGCUUGAACGCAAUCACACAGUGAUUCCAGCUUUGAAUCGAGCCCAACUGAUUGACGACGUGUUCACUCUUUGUCACAUUAAAAUCCUACCGUAUGAAGUCAGCUUGAGAUUGAUUGAAUAUCUCGCACAUGCUGAGGAAGAACCUUUCGUUCGAAGUGUUGCAGUCGGCCAUGUCGGUCGUAUUCAACAAAUGAUGGAGAUGCAACAUAUCAACAAUGACUAUCUUACCAACAUGGUUAAGAUUAUGAUGAGUUACAUUGUGCCGUCGCAGAAAACCGAGUCCAGAAAUUUUUAUUCCACUGAUAUUGAUUUUCGCUGCCUAAGUGAGGAUGAUAAAUGCGUGAGUCGUGUUCUAAGCCUCUUCCAUGACUUUGCUAAUGGAACCGAGACUUCUGCUCAAUCCAGGUUAAUGAAAAAUCAUUUUGACCAUAUUUGGUGCACAGCCUUGCGCCACGGAGGUAAAUCAGAAUGGUCCUACGCUUGGAAUAGUACUCGUGUUCCCUCAACAAAAUUGCCCGAGAAAAGAAAAAUUCUUAAAGCGAUGGGUUGUACCGCGGAUGUGAAUCGCAUCCAGCAAUUGCUUUCUCGAGUCUUUCUUCCUAGUACCAGCCAACAGCCGAUUGAAACUUCAAUCAUCCUACACAGUUUAGCUGAGAAUCCUUCUGCCCGGUCGUCGGUCAUGACAUUCGUUAUGAAAAAUUGGGCCUUUCUCAGCAAGCAUUUCCGAAAUCCUGCUCUGAUGCGGGAUCUUCUUGUGGUUGUCACUCGACAUUCUUCCUCAAUAGUAGAACUGAGAAAGGUGAGCGCCUUUUUGGAGCAAAAAGAAAAAGAGCUCGGACCAGGAAUUACCGAUCUCAUCGUCGCCACGAUAAGCAGUAAUAUACGACAGGUUGAGCUGCUGAAGCUAGACUUAAGCUAUCAGGGUUUAAUUCAUGAUUUUAGCAAUGACCUAACUCAAGUGGAAGAAAUUUCAUUAUCUGAAAAUUGAUUUGUACUUCAUCGCAUUGACAUAAUAUUGAUUCUCUUGUGCUGGUAGUCCUGGUACGUAAUUUAUUCAAUGUCAAUUCAAACGGUGAACUUAACUAACACUUUUUAUUGUUGAUGAGCUUGUACUAAAGUUAAAUUAUAGGUGUUUAAGUUUCUGUUUGAAAUUUGCAUUCUGAAUGGUGUUAAUUGUUGAAGCUUGAAAGACAUUCUCAGAAAGGCUUUAUUUGUUAUUGGUAAACUGUAAUAUAAAGACCUACUCAAAUUAAUAGUACUACUGGGGCUUAUCACUUAAAUCCUACGAAAAACAAUCAGGUGAGAUUUUUCACCGCUUGUGUUAAUAGCUGGCGGCGAAGUUCAUCAUCUUGGCUUAGGCUGCCUGGGUAAGUUCAAAUGGAUCAAUCGUUAUUUUCAAAUUAAUACAGCUUUGUAAUUUCAGAGAGCAAAUAGGAUAUAAACGGAAGACGAAACAGCAAUGAAUCGAAAUUGCGGUCUUGUGAAAGGAGUCCGACUACUUAGCGUGCAUAAUGUUGUCGAUUCACGCUAAAUAAUUGUUUCGAGGUAACGACUGGUUUUUUUAUUUAAUAUCCUUUACGAAAUAUAAUUGAUCUGAAUUUUCACUUAACUGACCAUAACAACUAAAAAUAACUUAAAUAACAAGGACUAUUUAAAUAGAUUAAGCAAUUUUCAUUUAUGUAAAAAAAUUAUCGUCAAUAUUUCCUUAAUCUUUUGAGUUCUGUGUGAUCGAUCACCCUUGUACCUUAUUAAGUUGCUUUAUCAGUUCGCCAGCAAAUAGUGUUAAUGCCAGAGAGUAAAUGCCGUUCACCAUGACUAGGCUUUUUAAGACUAUAUAAUAACUUUGUUUAGUUACUUGAUUGUCAGUUUGUAAUACUUUGUUGUGGCAGGAGAAUUUACAAAAUAAAAUGAAGUUCACCCAAACUUUAGGUUACAUGGUAGCGGUUAUACUGCUGAGCUGUGGAUGCUUGGCGAAACCCAGCAAUCGCGAAACAGUCAUGGAAAAUGAGCAAGAACUUGACCCUGCUUUCAUUUUACGCUGGACAGUAAUUGAAGGCACGGGUGACAUUGAAAUAGAAAUCCAAGCCAACUGCACUGGCUGGACGGGAAUUAGUUUGGCUGAGGGAAAAAUUGGCCAGCCUGGAUCAUACGGCGACGUUAUCAUGGUGGGAUUCAAUGAUGAACUCCAGCUGGGCUACAGUGAAGAUAGACACAUUGCUCUGGAGAAUCCUGAUCCUGCUAAUGGACACUUGUUUGAUGACAGCAACGAUAUUUUGUUGAAAAGUGCUCGAUACGAGGAACCGUGGACCAUCAUCCGCAUUUUACGUAGUCUCAAUACUGGCGAUUCCCAAGAUGUCCCUAUUGUGCCUGGACCAAUGACAGUAGCUUGGACCAUUUCUUCCACGGACGAUACGUCUCUUGGGCACGGCGCCCGUGGCCUCAGUAAAGUUACCUUCAUUCCUCUUUAAAGAAACAAGAAGUCAAGAACCUUAAUUAAAAAGGCUGUUUAUCGAUUGUUUUAUCCAAUUUUAGCUUUCAAAAAUAAAUAAAGUCUACCAUUAAAAUAGUUAAUACACUAAAAUACAGCAACGAAA